AUGAAAUUUAAUAAACUGAUUAUACCCCUUGUUGGGAUAUCUAAUGUUGUGCUAGGAGAAACUUUGGCUCCUGAACAGGAACCUGUAUUGGAGGCUAUUAAUUUUUGUAAAAUGGAUAAAGAUGAAAAGAUUGGUUCUACUUGUGAAAUUACUUUUCAAGAAAUUAAUGAAAUGAAUAAAAAAAUUAGACCAGAUGUUAUUUCGUUGGUGGCAACCGAUUUUUUUAAAUAUUUCAAGCUCAAUUUAUACAAACAAUGUCCCUUUUGGGAAGACAAUAAUGCACAAUGUCUUCAUAGAGCAUGUGCUGUCGAUGUAGUGGAGGAUUGGGAUAGUCUACCAGAAUAUUGGCAACCUGAUGCAUUAGGUAGCUUCAGCAAUGACAGUAUUGAGGAAGAUUCCACAAAAGAUGAUGAAUGUAAGUUUCUUGAUCAAUUGUGUGCUGGAUCUGGAAAAACUACCAGUUCUUUGGACAACAAGUUAGAAGAUGAAUCCAAUGUUGACUAUUGUGAUACCGCAGAUUUUGCUAACCGUGACUCAGUUUUAGUCGAUUUAAGUGCUAAUCCAGAAAGAUUCACAGGUUAUGGUGGUAAACAAGCUGGCCAAGUUUGGCAAAGCAUUUACCAAGAUAACUGUUUCACUGUGAAUGAAGCUUCUGCAUCAUUGGCAAAAGAUGUUUUUUAUAGGUUAGUAUCUGGUCUCCAUGCCUCUAUUGGCACACAUUUAUCAAAUGAAUAUUUGAACACUGAAACUGGUAAAUGGGAACCUAAUUUGGAUCUCUUCAUGGCUAGAGUGGGUAAUUUUCCUGAAAGAGUUUCAAACAUUUAUUUUAAUUAUGCUAUUAUCUCAAAAGCAUUGUGGAAAAUUCAACCUUACCUAAAAAAUCUAGAAUUCUGUAAUUCUUAUGAUGAAUCUGUUAAGACUAAGAUUAUUGAUAUCAUUUCUCAAUUUGACUCUAGAAUUUUCAAUGAAGAUUUAGUAUUUGAAGAUGAUUUGAGUUUAUUAUUAAAGGACGAAUUCAGACAAAGAUUCAAAAAUGUUACUGAGAUCAUGGAUUGUGUACAUUGUGACAGGUGUAGACUAUGGGGCAAAGUUCAAACAACUGGCUAUGCAACAAGUCUAAAAAUCUUAUUUGAACUGGAUGAUGCCGAUGAGGAAACAAAACAAAACGUUGUCGAUAAAUUGACAAAAUAUGAGUUAAUUGCUUUGUUUAACACUUUGGAUAGAUUAUCUAAAUCAAUAGAUUCUAUCAACAAUUUUGAAAGAUUGUAUAAUGAAAGAUUAUCUGACAAUGGUAGUAAGCUAGCAAAUUAUUUCCAAAUGGACAAUUUUUUCAAAGUUGUGAGAAAUGCUGGUAAACUAAUAUCUGAAUCAAUGAAUGAAAUGAAUAAGAGUUUAAAUAAUAGCUUAAACCCUAAGGUUAAAGAUGAAAGACCAAAAGAAGAGAAGAAGAUGAACGAAUUCACUGAUUUGGAUAUGUCGACUAAAAAAAGAAGGGUAGACACAGAUAUAACUUCUGAAAACAGAUGGAAAAAGGCAUGGAAACAUGAAAUACACAAUUUGAAUGAAGCUUUAACCUUUUUAUGGAGAAGUUAUGUUGAUUUACCAAGAAAUCUCUUUAAUAUGACACUUUCUAUCAUGAGUAGAACAUGGAACAAAUUUGUCGGUGUUGAUAAUUAUGUAAACGAACAUCACAAUUCAGCCGAAUACACACUAGAUCUUCAGUGA